AUGUCUCAAUCAGAAAAGGUAAACAAGGGGAGUGGGGAAGGGAAAACUCAAGAUAUGGCCAUUUUCAGCCCACCCGUAGUUCGUUCAGGCGCUGGCGCCCUCAACCGGGCUCUGUUCACAAAGACUGUCAACUUGGCCGCCGCCGCCGUCAACGAUAACCAACCAGACACAUGGGGAACUGCUCUCAAGGAAGGUGUUGAGAAGAAGGAAUUGGAUGUCAUUCCUUAUGAGCUUAAGCUUGACUAUGACUACUGGUCAUAUCACGAUAUUAUCACAUCUAUUCUCCCAGAGGAACUCCAUGAUGAUAUCCCCUCCGGCUUCAACACCGCCGGUCAUGUCGCCCACAUGAACUUGCGGGAGCGUUAUAUUCCCUACAAGAAGGUGAUCGCCGAGCUCAUCCUGGACAAGACCCAAAACAUCCGCACCGUCAUCAACAAGGUCGACAACGUCGGAGCCGAGUCCGAGUUCAGAACCUUCCAGUACGAGGUCCUGGCUGGUCCCGAUGACAUGCAGGUCCAGGUUACCGAGAACAACUGCGUCUUCGAGUUUGAUUACGCAAAGGUGUACUGGAACAGUAAGCUGGAGGCCGAGCACCGCAGGCUUAUCAACAUGUUUGAGCCCGGCGAGGUCGUCUGCGAUGUCAUGGCUGGCAUCGGCCCCUUUGCGGUUCCUGCUGGCAAGAAGGGCGUCUUUGUCUGGGCUAACGACAUGAACCCCGAGAGCAACAAGUAUAUGCAGGUAGCUAUCAACAGGAACAAGGUCUCCCAAUACGUCCGCCCCUUCUGCCAAGACGGCCGGACCUUCAUCCACCACGCCGCCGACUCCGUUCUCGAAGCCCACAAGGCCAGCGAGCACGUCCUGAUCGCCCCCAAGCCUCCCUCGCGCGCCAAGAAGGCGCCCAAGCCCGAGCCCAAGCGCGUCGACAUCCCGCCCACCAUCUCGCACUUUGUCAUGAACCUGCCCGCCACCGCCAUCGAGUUCCUCGGCUGCUACCGCGGCGUGUACGCCGGCCACGAAGACCUUUUUGAAGGUGGCAAGCUGAUGCCCAUGGUGCACGUCCACUGCUUCUCCUUCAAGGCCGAUGACGAGACGCCCCGCAACGACAUCUGUGAGCGCAUCACCAAGUAUCUUGGGUUCAAGGUCAAGCCGGGUAACCCCGACGUGGAGGGCGAGGUGGCGGUCCAUGAUGUUAGGGAUGUCGCGCCGGCGAAGAGGAUGUUUUGCGCUAGCUUCAGGAUUCCGAGGGAGGCUGCUUUUGCUAAGAGGGAUUAA